GUUCGUCUUCUUUUACUUCUUCUUCUCGAUGUCACUUUCUGCCCCUAAAAGUCACUAUUUUGCUAGUAUUUCUUGCAUUUAGGGGGCCUCUGUAUUAAUCAAUGACUUGUAACUCGAAAGUCUAUCUUUCCUCAAGGAAAUGACUUGCGAUUCUUUUUUAGAGUUAUUUUAUAUGUUCGACAAAGUUUCUUUAUUGCUAAUGUAUGCUGUACGUAUAUAUAUUAAAAAAAGAUGGUCAUUGCGGAAUUUUUUGUAAAGAAAAAUUGCAUCCUGAUCUCUAUGUUUUAUGGGUUAUCUUGGAGGGUGAUUUGGUGGACAGCCUCUGAACAUCAAAUGGAUUGCAAAUUUUAGCAUAAUGCAUUGUAGAUAGGGAACUGUUACCGGAAUACCUUUUAAUUCAGAUCUGGAUUCUAUCAGUUAUUGGGAAGUAUUAGCUGUGAAGCUUUGACUGGGAAUCAGUACAUCAUUAAGUGUUAUGAUCAGCCUAAGCCUUAAGAGACUAUGUCUGAGAUUUGUUUUUUCAUCUAGAGACAGAUUCACUUUUCAUCUUUCCCCAUGUAUCUUGCUGACAUAGAUGGUUGAAUUCAAUAUGCUAUUGGAUAGUUUAGUUUUCACCGAGUAUCCUGGCCCUGCAUCUUGCUGCAGAAAAUCGCUAUGGCUUGCCUUUUGUGCUAGAAUGUAACAUCCAUUAAGACUUUUCUUAUUGUCUGGCAUCAGAUGUCUCUGUGUAUGUGUAAAUUGACUUCCAUGGAAGUGAAAUUGCAAGGGAACUUCAUAUUGAUUACUUUUCACGUCUUUGGGAUUCUUUAUUGGGUAUAUGGCUGAAUUGACCAAUGAUGUGUGCUCUUUUCUUCCGCAACGAGGGGUGUAUCCAGUAACUUUCCUUGAAAUGUCAGAAGUUUCACAUUGUUUUAAGCAUAUAAUAAUUGGUCGGAAAGCUGGUUCGCUGCAUAUUAACCCAAAGAAAUUUGGCUCUCUUCACAAACCUUGCAUGAAGGAAAUGAUUACAUUUCUCAACUGCUUGGCUCUCAGCCACAAUGACAAUGAUAAAUGUCUUCGGCAAAAGGAACUCUUGAGCGCCUGCACGGAUUCUCAGACAAGCAAUAAAAGGAAGUCGUGGGGAAGUAUUAAUUACCACCUGCAGAGGCUUAAUAGAGGAAGGAAGUAGUUUUGGUAUUUUUGUAAAGAGAAGAGUGUUCAAGCAAUGUCUGAUUUUUCAACUUCAGCAGCUGCAGAGGUUUAGCAGGUGAAGGAACUAUUUUCUUUGUCGAAUCAGAGAAUGUUUUAAUCAUUUGAAUGUCUUAAGAAUAAUUAAAGAUCUCAAUAACAUUCAAAAGAAACAAGUGGAAAGCAAACUACUAGUAUUAUGAUAAAUGACAGAAUGUUACAUCACAGGGUUUGUAUGGCAAUUGCUUUGAUAUGAACAUGACAUGAGAACGCUGUCCUUUUCUUUC